AUGUCUCCCUCCAAGAAUGUUCUACGUGCCAAUGUCCUUCGGUCCAUCGAGGAUGACCAUCGUCGGGAAUUAAAGUCUCGCGCAGGACCCAUCGACCAGGACCUCGUGGCGUACCGACGCCGACUCUGCAAACGCCUUGGCCACCACCUUCGAAAGGAUAUGCAAUGCUUCACAGAUACGCCAGACGAUGGACGCUGGUUCGUAGAAUGUCUCUUCGCUCACCCGGGCGACGUCGCAGGCGACGGUAGCAUACACAUCUACGUCUCUCGUCGCCUUGAUGCAGACGUUCUGCAGGAGUUGAGGGACCACAUGUAUGCGCGUCGCGUGCAUACUCAGCAGUUACUACCUUCCGGAUCAAGCCCCGAGUAUAGUGCUCGAGCCCGUUCAUCAACCAGCAAGGACGAUGAGCGAUUGAUUCGAUUUAGGCCGUCAUCAAAGAGUGCAAGUACGGCUGCGACCGCAUGCAGGAUGGCACGAACACCGCACUCUGGAAAGCCCUCGGUGCAACCUUACCCGUCUCCGUUCGACUCGCCGUCUCGCACUCUUCGCAACCGUAUCGGAUCGCCUAUCCCCUGGUCAUCACCUGAGACAAAGCGUCCUUCCGAGACUUCCUGCAUUGAAAUCAUAGAUUCCGACUCGGAUACAACUUCUGUGCGUGCCCUGCAUAGCAGAUCCCGUAGUCCAAGCCUAGAGGUCCUACCCUCACCAAUCUUGCACGAACUCUUCUUCACCGUAUGGCUCUUCAUGGAGAACAGUGCACCGCCGCAGUCGCUUCGCCUCAAGGUUCUCCCUGGUACCAAAGUGAUACCGUUCCAAGGCUACGACAGACAAUGGGAGAAGACGGGGUUGAAGAUCGCCGACCGAGUCAAAGUACUUGCUGCAUAUGAAAAAGGCGAACAUCUAUGGCAAUUUGGUCGCUUAUGCGAUAUACGCGCUCCUGUCAGCGCACGAGCGAUCGUACUGUCCUCCAUCGACGUAGACCGCUAUCACGCGCGGCUGAAUGUUCUUGUCCAACACGCCUUCACAGGAAGCUUCUCGCACGCGAUGCAGGAGGAAAUCUGA